AUGACUUCACAGAUUAUAGAGAAUAAUCCUCUGGCUGCAGCUCUUAAUUUACCAGCACGACUAAACUUGAAGCAGAGUAGCGCACUUCUUAGUCUUAGCGAUCAAGAAAGGAAACAGGUUGCUGAAUGGUUGGAUCUGGAGAGAAAUGCCGAAAUAUUGCAGAAAACAGAUCUAAAAAUUGCAGAGAAAUUGCGCGCAAAAACUGCGGCUGAAACUAUUGGAACUAGUUCCGCCUUGAAGAUUAAGAACGCGGCACAGAUUCUUCUAGAAUCAGAAGACGACAUAACAGACGACGACAUUGAUUCCAUUCUUGGAAUAGAUUCUGGUCUGAGUAUUGAUGAUUUAUUGAACCUAGAGGAUACUUCGCUGCUCGGGCUUGAUGAAGAUGAGCUUGCGUUUGAUGACUAUGAGGAUGACAAAGAUUAUGAUGAUGAUUAUGAUGAAGUGACCUAUAGUUAUGAAUAUGAAGAUGAAAAAGAUGAAGAUUAUGAUUAUGAAUAUGAGGAGGUUGUUACUGUUACAAAAGCAAUACCUCCUCCAAGACCUAAGCCUUUGAGACCUUAUUAUCAAAAACCGAAACCAAGACCCAGACCUCAAAAACAAUACCAUCAGGCACAAAGAUAUCCUGCUCCUAGACCAUCCUACUCUUAUACUCCUGCCCCUGCUUCCUACUCUAACUACCCUAGACCCUACCCUAGGCAACAAUCCUCAGGAGCUCAGUUCCUGGAUGAAGUGACCGGUCUGCUGGAAACAGCUCAACAUCAACCACACAUCACGCUGACCGGCAGUCUACGAGACGCUUUACUCAGAGAUGUUGAUGAUCAUGUUAGAACGGAGGUUAACCGGUUACCAGGAGGACGUGUGAGUACUAAAGUUAGUAUUGGGCCUCCACAGCAAUCUUGGCAAUCAUCAUUCCAGUCCAAUAGGAUCCAACCUCCUUCGGACAGAUUUCAGUUAGCUUCAAGCAGAUCUGAACAACCUACCAGUGCGGUCCAGCCGGCCAAUAAUCAGCUUAAUCUUGGUGUAAACAGAAGCCAGCCGGCCAAUAGCUGGGUUCGGCCGGCCGCUCAGAUCGACCCUAGAAUCCCUCGACGGCCGGAAACAAGACGAACAUCAAUGGGAACAUUCGGAGAUUUAGUAAGCUCAGCAGAAGUAAAAGAACCCAAGGAGAGACUGCCCAUACAGGAAAUCAGUUUUAGUGAAAUAAUGGGGGAUUUACUGAAAGACAAACCCCUACCCCCUGGUCUGCUAGACAACAGUAAUCAGCACCCUGGAAAUAUUAGAUUCUGAUCAACAAAAAUUCUAAAAUUUCAUAUUUCGGUUUGCUAAAUU